AUGGAACUCAUGGAGCUUGUUGAUAACGAGCCCACGGCCCGCCCUUUCCAGUGCGAUUGGGAUGGGUGUGGUAAGAGCUUCAACCGCAAGUCAGAUCUCCAAAGACAUUAUCGGAUUCACACCAACGAGCGGCCGUAUCAGUGCAACCAGCCAGGAUGCGGAAAGAGCUUUAUCCAGCGGAGCGCGUUGACGGUUCACAUCCGGACGCACACUGGCGAGAAGCCACAUCAGUGCCAACACCAUGGCUGCGGGAAGAGGUUCUCAGACUCCUCGAGUCUUGCCAGACAUCGCCGCAUCCACACCGGCAAGCGACCGUACAAGUGCGCCCAUGACGGCUGCUUGAAGAGCUUCUGCAGAAAGACCACCAUGGUCAAGCACCAACGCCGCUCUCACCAACGAGGCAUCCACUCCUCCGAGCUCGACGACUCCAUGUCCGACACGGGCAGUGAGGACUCCCCCUCCACCCCAAAGAGCCAUUCCGCCAUGCCCUGGGCCACAGCCCAACAGCAACAUCACCACAUCCCCAUGAUGGGACCCCACGGCCACCAUCUCCAGCGUGCCGCGAGCUUCGCCGACUUUGGCCAGCACAUGAACGGGUACAGCCUCCAGCAGCAGUACAACAACCAACACCGCCAUUCUUUGUCGUCUGGCGGGGCAGCUGAAUACCACGGCCUGCAUCAGGAUCCGCACCCCCAAGCUGUUCACCACCACCAUCAACAACAACAACCCCAGCCUCCCCAACAUCACCACCACCAAAACGUUCCCGUCGUGCUGCAGAGGACGUCCUCCCUCCCCCACCACAGCUACUUCGUCGCGGACUCCAACAACCCCGGCGUAGCAACAAUGAACACCAACCCCCACCCUGGCGCCCCUCAGGUUCACCACCACCAGCACGCCCCCCAAUACCAAACCAUCCCACGCCAAGCCCCCGUUGAGAUGACCUAUCCUUCCGCCCCCGGUCUUGCCGCCUCCAUCCAGUCAAGCCCAUCCAGCUUCUCGGCCGGAUCAGGCCGGUCCCCCUCCACCCAAGAAGGGUUUUACACUCAUGCCCCUCCCGCCCAAGCAGCGACAUAUGCUCUUCACGCGACGAGCCCAGUGGUGGAGACUCAACAGCAGCAGCAGCAGCAGCAACAACCACAACAACAGAACAUGUACCCCCCCCAGCAAGCCCAGGCCCAACCAACCAGCCAACCUCAGGAGCAAAAGUAUUAUGAGCCGCAACCGGUCAGAGAGGAAGAGCCGCAGCAGAAUUGGUAUAGCGGUGCGCAUGCUGUUUACCAGCCUCCGGUCGAGGUGGCGACGAUUGGGGGGUAUGCCGCCGGUGGUGUGUAUGAUCCGUGGGGGGCGGGGCCAAAGCUGGAGUUUGAUGACGGGAUGCAGUUGCCCAGUGCGAGGAUUGAGUCGAUGUAAGGGGUUGGGUGGAAAAGUGGUGAUGUUGCAUGUUGUUGCAUAUUUUGGAUUUCGUCUUUUUUUGGGUUGGUGUUUUUUUCCUCUCUUCAUCCAUCAAUACCCCCUUUUUCUUCUUUCUUUCUUGCCUUGCAGUCUCUCAGACGGGGACUGGGGCUUGUGUAACAUUAGUUGUAUUUGUGCGCGUGAUGCGGGUUUGGAUUUUUUUCUUUUCUUGUGGAGGUAUUUGCCGAGCAAACGGGAGGCUGUUGGUUUGAUGUUGUUUGUUGUCGUCGUUGUCGCAUUUUAACCCGGAACACCACACACACAAAGGAACAUUUGGGGUC